AAGACGCAGGCAACAUACUGUCCUUUGAAAACAGGAAAAAAAAUCUGACUUGGUCUGCGUGAACUACGUGCUUUAUAACGCAUACUUUUGCUGGACACACGCAGAAAUCGGAGGUGAGGAGUGAUUGUGGGCAUCCGCGAGGUAUCUCAUUAUGCGUGACUGUUGCCCUGUUGUUUUUCUCCAUAGUUUAAAUCCAACAUCUGUACGAAAAUAAAUCUACGAAGUUCGAUUUCUCUCGCUGAUUGGAUGAAUGAGGCUCUUUAUCAACCUUGCUUCGUUUCGUUUUUCGUUUUUCUUUAGCCUUUAUUAAUCAUACAGAUACAGUCCGUGGUGUCUCAGGCUAUAGUGGAUGAUGGCCAAACUGUUCCGAGCUGUGAUCAUGGGUCCACCAGGUUCUGGGAAGGGGACCAUAUCUGAAAGAAUUGCGCAGAGCUUUGGCCUCAAACAUCUGUCCAGUGGCGACUUUCUUCGGGAGAAUAUAGCUGCAAAUACAGAGGCCGGUGUUCUAGCUAAGACCUACAUAGAGAGGGGUCUGAUGGUGCCGGACCAUGUGAUGACACGGCUCUUACUGCCCAGGCUGGAGGAGAUGACCCGCCACAGCUGGCUGAUGGAUGGGUUUCCCUGUACCCUAGCCCAGGCCAAGGCUCUGAACAGUACCUGUGAUCUGGAUCUGGUCAUCAGCCUCAACAUCCCUUAUGAGACCCUGAAGGACCGACUGAGUGACCGCUGGAUCCACCCAGCCAGCGGCAGGGUCUACAACAUGGGCUUCAACCCUCCACACGUACAGGGCAGGGAUGACCUCAGCGGAGAGCCUCUGAUCCAGCAUGAUAAUGACCAACCAGAGGCUCUAGUGGCCAGACUGAGGCACUACAAGGACGUGGCCAAGCCAGUCAUAGACCUGUACAAGUCAAAGGGCAUCCUGCACAUGUUCUCUGGCACAGAGACCGACAGGAUCUGGCCUUACAUCAACUCUCUUCUCAGCACUAAGAUCCCUAGCAGACCUGAGACAGACACACAGCACAUCCCACUGCCCUGAGCGGAGCAGAGAUGACACAGUAGAAGUGCAGGCCGUGCACAGGAGCUGUUAGGAGCCCCUUUAGCUUGGCAGUUGCUACCAAAACAUGUCUGCAAAUACAAUCUUAUGCACUACAUACAGUUGAAGUCGGAAGUUUACAUACACUUAGGUUGGAGUCAUUAAAACUAGUUUUUCAACCACUCCACAAAUUUCUUGUUAACAAACUAUAGUUUUGGCAAGUCGGUUAGGACAUCUACUUUGAGCAUGACACAAGUAAUAUUUCCAACAAUUGUUUACAGACAGAUUAUUUCACUUAUAAUUCACUAUAUCACAAUUCCAGUGGGUCAGAAGUUUACAUACACUAAGUUGACUGUGCCUUUAAACAGAUUGGAUAAUUCCAGAAAAUGAUGUCAUGGCUUUAGAAGCUUCUGAUAGGCUAAUUGACAUAAUUUGAGUCAAUUGGAGGUGUACCUGUGGAUGUAUUUCAAGGCCUACCUUCAAACUUAGUGCCUCUUUGCUUGACAUCAUGUGAAAAUCAAAAGAAAUCAGCCAAGACCUCAGAAAAAAAAUUGAAGACCUCCACAAGUCUGGUUCAUCCUUGGGAGCAAUUUCCAAACGCCUGAAGGUACCACGUUCAUCUGUACAAACAAUAGUACGCAAGUAUAACCACCAUGGGACCACGCAGCCGUCAUACCGCUCAGGAAGGAGACGCGUUCUGUCUCCUAGAGAUGAACGUACUUUGGUGCGAAAAGUGCAAAUCAAUCCCAGAACAACAGCAAAGGACCUUGUGAAGAUGCUGGAGGAAACAGGUGCAAAAGUAUCUAUAUCCACAGUAAAACAAGUCCCAUAUCGACAUAACCUGAAAGACCGCUCAGCAAAGAAGAAGCCACUGCUCCAAAACCGCCAUGAAAAAGCCAGACUACGGUUUGCUACUGCACAUGAGGACAAAGAUUGUACUUUUUGGAGAAAUGCCCUCUGGUCUGAUGAAACAAAAAUAUAACUGUUUGGCCAUAAUGACCAUCGUUAUGUUUGGAGGAAAAAGGGGGAUGCUUGCAAGCCGAAGAACACCAUCCCAACCGUGAAGGACGGGGGUGGCAGCGUCAUGUAGUGGGGGUGCUUUUCUACAGGAGGGACUGGUGCACUUCACAAAAUAGAUGGCAUCAUGAGGGAAAUGAUGUGGAUAUAUUGAAGCAACAUCUCAAGACAUCCGCCAGGAAGUUAAAUGGGUUGCAAAUGGGUCUUUCAAAUGGACAAUGGACAAAGCUUACUUCAAAAGUUGUGGCAAAAUGGCUUAAGGACAACAAAGUCAAGGUAUUGGAGAGGCCAUCACAAGUCCCUGACCUCAAUCCUUUAGAAAAUAUGUGGGCAGAACUGAAAAAGCGUGUUCGAGCAAGGAGGCUUUCAAACCUGACUCAGUUACACCAGCUCUGUCAGGAGGAUUGGGCCAAAAUUCACCCAACGUAUUGUGGGAAGCUUGUGGAAAGCUACCCGAAACGUUUGACCCAAGUUAAACAAUUUAAAGGCAAUGCUACCAAAUACUAAUUGAGUGAAUGUAAACUUCUGACCCUCUGGGAAUGUGAUGAAAGAAAUAAAAGCUGAAAAAAUUAUUCUCUCUACUAUUAUUCUGACAUUUCACAUUCAUAAAAUAAAUUGUUGAUCCUAACUGACCUAAAAUAGGGAAUUUUUACUAGGAUUAAAUGUCAGGAAUUGUGAGAAACGGAGUUUAAAUGUAUUUGGCUAAGGUGUAUGUAAACUUUCAACUUCAACUAUAGAUCAGGGUGCCCCACCUUCGGUCCUCAAGGGCUACAGUGUACGGUUUUCGUCCUUACCUGUUAACCAGAGACUGAUUUCCCCUCUCCAGAUAAUAAGCAUGAAGCCCCAGGGGGAAAUGGAAAUCAGCAGGACUGCAGAACUUGAGAACCUGAGUUGUGCAACCCUAAGUAUGCCUUUAAUAGCCGGACAUGCUUAAAGAUGGUGGCCCCAAUGUACUUACCACAAACGCCUAAUUAGCUUUUUUUGCCGUAUUAUACAGUGCUCUCCAUUACUCUUGUUUUGUGUAAUGGAGUGUUACUGUAUAAUACGACGCCAUAGUUUAAAAACUCUGUGAGUAGUGCUAAAGCAAUGACGUCAUACCUGAAUUGCUCCAUCUUCAUGCACCUUCGCCUCUUACAUUCUUAUUACUCUUACAUAGAUAGCCUAGCGGUUAGCGCAUUGGGCCAGUAACCCAAUUGCUUGUUCGAGUCUCUGAGCCAACACAGUCGAAUAUCUGUUGAUGUGUCCUUGAGCAAGGUACCUAACUCUAAUUGCUCCAGGGUUGCCGUUGAUAAUGGAAGACCCUGGCCGCGGGUAUCUCCGAGGGUAUCUCAAAAAAUACAUUCACACUAGCAUAUUAAUUCGCACUUGUAAGCGUAAUUAACUAACUGUUGAAUUCUAAUUGUUCUUUCAUUUAAACUGAAAUGACAAUUGUUGUCUUCUAAACAGCAUACCCUAUAAUGUGGCUUACUUUUAGAGUUCCCUCAGAUUAAGAUGUUAAUCUUUAUCAAAGGUAGUUGGAUUACAUUAACAUGUUUUGUGUUCAAUUUAAAACUGUUUUGUUGAUUUUCGUUAUACCAAAUAUAACCUUAUAAGACUAAACAAUGUAAAACUAUUCUAAUGAAUUGGUCUAUAACUGCAUUAAAAGGGACCAAAGAGUGUUUUAACCAAUUGAAAGUGUAAUACGUCUGAAUGGCUGUAUCAGAAAAGGGAUGAGUGUGGUCAGUGUGGGUGGACAGUGUUUGUGGGAGGAUGUGUCUCCCUGUUAGAUUUCAAUAACACAAUAUGCAAACAGUCGCUGGUGUAAACUGUAAUUGGUCCAGUAUGAGUAUGACAAGCCCAUUAUGGCGAAUGAGUGACUAGGAAAGCUUUUCAUACACUGUGUAUUACCCCACCACCACACACUGAAUGUUUUCUGUCCAGAAGUCAUGUUGCUGUCCAAACUCUGGCAUAUUCCAAGGAAAAUAAACAUAUUUUCUCAGAA